GUCCCCGCUGCUGGUGCUUGAGCGCGACGAUGAUCGGCUUGAAAUAGAGCUAUGCGACCAUUGCGACAUCGACAUUCCGAGCGCCAGCAACACAACGACAGUCCGGUCGGGCAAGGGCGAUUAUAAGGAGGGUGCAUGAACCAAACACAAGGAGAGCCGGACGUUUAUGUACAGCUGGCAGGCGAUGAGAAAGUCGAUUUCCGCCGCUUUGUUGAGUAGCUGCGGCCGAGCGCUUGAGCGACCCGGUGUCCCCGCCACAGACGCGCCAAAACAACGUGGAUCAUGCCAUCGGCCUCUCACAAGUCUCUCGGCACAAUUCCCGCCGUACUAUUUGCGGAGCACAGCAUCGCCGCAACAGGCCUUGUUUAUAUUGAACAUCCUGCUCAUCGACGCCUAUGGUAGUUGCCAUCGUAUCCCAUCAGGUAGCAGUGGUACUAAGAAUUGUGGGCGUAGCCCGACCGCACUCUUCCAUCCUGCAUCGAGGCUGGGUUUGGUUAGCUCAUUAUCAGGUCUUUUAGAUAAUCCCAUGCGCGCAUGUGCACGGUGCAUGAACAAACACCUAUCAUUCCGCCACUCGUGUGGCACUGCGGAGGUCUUCGAAAAGAAGUCGUCCACUGAGGUCUGCGGAGGCUCUACAGAGGCAAUACGAUGCGGUUGAUCAUCUCGCGUAUACCCAAGAGACUCACCUUUUCAUCCUUGCAAACAAACAUCCAGCUGAUCACAUCAUGGAAGGUCACAGACGGACCCCGAGUCGCCUCGGAGGUGCGAAGAGCCCAAGAAAGGCCUGACCAGGGGGUGUCCACAAACGUGUCUGCACGCCCGGACAGAUGGCCUCCAUAAUCCGAAGGCGCCGCUGGACGUUCCAAGGUCAGUAGCAACGCAGAGCGAAGAUGGCUCAGGCAGAGUAAGCACAAUGGAGAACCUGCA